CAGGCUGUCAGCAUCAGCAAGGCUAUCAAUGCUCAGGAAGCUCCAGUAAAAGAGAAACAUGCCCGGCGAAUUAUUCUGGGAACCCACCAUGAGAAAGGGGCCUUCACUUUCUGGUCAUAUGCAAUUGGCUUGCCAUUGCCAAGUAGCUCUAUCCUGAGCUGGAAGUUCUGUCAUGUUCUUCAUAAAGUGCUUCGAGAUGGUCAUCAAAAUGUUCUAGCAGACUGUCAGCGAUAUCGCAGUAAUAUCAGAGAGAUUGGAGAGUUAUGGGGACAUUUUUACACGAUCGAUAUGGACAACUUGUAAUUCUUUAUACAAAAAUGCUGCUUUAUAAGAUUAGCUUCCACACAAAGCAUCCAGAGUUCCCUCCAAACCUGGAAGUGACAGAUGACGUUCUUGAAAAAGCAGCUGGCACAGAUGUCAACAACAUAUUCCAACUAACCGUAGAAAUGUUUGAUUACAUGGACUGUGAGCUUAAACUUGCUGAGGCUGUUAUCAGGCAGCUGAACAGUGCCAUAGCGGUCUCUCAGAUGUCAGCCGGACAAUGUAAGCUGGCCCCUCUUAUACAGGUGAUUCAGGAUUGCAGUCAUCUCUAUCACUACACAGUCAAGUUGAUGUUCAAGUUGCACUCAUGUCUGCCUCCAGAUACAUUACAGGGGCAUAGAGACAGAUUUCAUGAGCAAUUCCACAGCUUGAAAAACUUCUUCAAACGAGCAGCUGACAUGUUAUACUUCAAACGGCUUAUUCAGAUACCACGCCUUCCUGAUAACCCACCCAACUUUUUGAGAGCCUCAGCACUUGAAGAGCAUGUGAAGCCUGUGGUAGUAAUGGCCAAUGAAGCUCCAGAGGAGGAAGAGCCGCCGCAAACCGAAUCUCUGAUUGAGAUCAGCAAUGCCCAGCCAGUGGAACAGCAGGUCGUAGAAGACAUCUUUCAACAAACUUUUGGGCCUCCAAAUGGUCUUGUGAUAGAUGACAGGGAUCUUCAGAUAGAAAAUCUUAAAAAAGAAAUUGAACUGCUUCGUUCAGAGUUGGAAAAAAUGAAGCUGGAGGCCCAGAAAUACAUUAUGCAGCUGAAAGGUCAGAUAAACACUUUGGAAGCUGAGGUGGAAGAGCAGCGGAAGCAAAAGCAGAAAGCCUUAGUGGACAAUGAGCAGCUGCGGGAUGAGCUGGAGAGGCUGCGGAAACAGAAGCAAGAGAGCGAUAAAGCUCAGGGACUGUCUGCAGAAAUGGAAAAGAAGGUUCAAGCAACAGAAGUACGCUACAACAAAUUAAAGGAAAAGCACAACGAGCUCAUUAAUGUUCAUGCCGGACUCCUGAGAAAGAAUGCUGACACUGCCAAGCAGUUAACAGUAUCACAGCAAAACCAGGAGGAGGUGGCACGUAUCAAAGAAGAGCUGGCAUUUCAGAUGGAUCAAGUAAAGCGAGAAUCUGAAAUAAAGUUGGAAGAACAGACUUUUCAGAUUGAACAGCUGAAAACAGAGGUUGAAUCACGAAAGGAGGAACUGACAAGAUUACAGAUGUCUCUGGGAAAUAGUCAGCAGUCUGAAUCUCACUUGACAUCAAAAUUGGCAGGCCUUGAAGCUGAGAAAGAUGCAUUGCAGAGUCUUCUGACAUCUAAAGAGUCUGAACUGCUAUCAGUCAAGAAUGUGGCUCAGGAGACAGAGUCUUUAUUCAAUCAAGAGCAGGAGAAAAGAGCAAGUGAAAUCAGAGACUUGCAUGAAAAACUUGACAAAAAGACUGUUGAUGAGCAGAAACUGUACCAGAAAAUGUUGGAAGACCAGUUCAAAAUAAUUCAGGGAACAGUAAAAGAGGCUGAGAACAUUAUUCAAGAUGCUGUUGCUAAGCUUGAUGACCCUCUUCAUAUCCGCUGCACCAGUUCACCAGAUUACCUUGUGAACAGAUCCCAAGCUGCUCUAGAAUCAUUAUCUUCCUUGGAAAACGGGCAUGCUAAAUAUGUACACAAUAUGACAGAUGCCUCAGAUUUAGUUGGAGCUCUUGCACAAUUUGCACAUUUAACUGCAGACACCAUUGUAAACGGCGGUGCUACCUCUCACUUGGCUCCACCAGACCAUGGAGACCGCCUGAAUGACAGCUGUCGGGAGUGUGGAAAUCAGAGUUUACAGUAUCUGAAGGAAUUGAAAGACAAACAGUCCUUAAAAGAAGCAGAACUGGGAGAAGUUAGAAGGACCUUACAGACUAUACUUGGACUGGGAGAGGAAUUGAGGCCCAAGAGUUUGGAUAUCAGGCAGGAAGAGCUGGGUAACAUGGUGGAAAAGGAGAUGGCAUCUACCUCUGCUGCUAUUGAAGACGCCGUUCGAAGAAUUGAGGAAAUGAUGAACCAGGCUCGGAAAGACAGCUCUGGAGUCAAGCUAGAAGUAAAUGAAAGGAUCCUCAACUCGUGUACAGACCUAAUGAAGGCCAUUCGACAGCUGGUGAUCACCUCUACCAAUCUGCAAAAGGAGAUUGUGGAGAGUGGAAGGGGAGCAGCAACAACACAAGAGUUUUAUGCGAAGAACUCGCGCUGGACGGAAGGAUUAAUAUCUGCAUCAAAGGCUGUGGGAUGGGGAGCUACCCAGCUAGUGGAAUCCGCAGACAAUGUUGUUCUUCACAAAGGCAAAUAUGAAGAACUUAUUGUUGGAUCCCACGAAAUUGCUGCCAGUACAGCACAGCUGGUGGCUGCAUCCAAGGUGAAGGCAGACAGAAACAGCAAGAACUUGCCUAAACUGCAGCAGUGCUCCCGCCACGUGAAUGAGAUGGCAGCCAAAGUAGUUGCCUCCACAAAGUCAGGCCAAGAACAGAUUGAAGAUAAAGAUACCAUGGACUUCUCUGGAAUGUCUCUAAUUAAACUAAAGAAAGAAGAGAUGGAAACUCAGGUUAAAGUCCUUGAGUUUGAAAACAUGCUUCAGAAUGAAAGGAUACGACUUGGGGAGUUGAGGAAGAAACACUAUGCCCUGGCAGGAGUGUACGAUGAAACAGAUGAAGCUGUAAAACCAACACAGAAACCUGGAAUUCUGAAGAAGCCUCAGCUGCCACAGAAACCAAACAUUCCGCCCAAGGGAGAUUACAAGAUUGAUAAAGAUGAUGGUGUCUAUCAAGCAAAUCUCAUAAACUUCUAG